AUGAUCAUCCAGGCCAUAUUGGAUAAACAGUUGGAGUUAGUACACAGAAGACCACACGAAAGAGAGCGAGCGUCGUUGAUCAAGUCUGGGAACGUCUUUGUAUUUAUCGAAGAGCAUUCGGGUAUCAAAAGAUGGACAGAUGGUAUCGCGUGGUCACCAUCACGAAUAUUGGGACGUUUUCUCAUUUACCGUGAGUUAGAUAAACACUCACUUGGAGAAAAGGAUGACAAGAAAAAGAAGAAGCGUAAAGUUAGUGUUACCCAAUUAGAAGAUAGUUCAUCUGACGGUGUAAAUCAUCUAAAUCCAAACCCCAUGGGGCAGAUGAAUCCAUUGAGUUCAGACAUGGUAGAUGGCGAUUAUAACAAACACCUUGUUGGCUCAUUAGUUACGACGUACGUAUUUAAGGACCAGGGGUUGAUUAAAAAAACGUUGUCCCUAACCACCCUGUCUAAGGAAUUAAACAUUAGCGAUAAAGAUGAAAAACAAACGAUCCAUUUAAUAAGCUAUUAUAACGUUGAUGAUGUAUUGAAUGGAAAAUUGCAAAGGCCUCCAGAUACUAACUUGAAAAAUUUGAAUAUAACGAAUAAUUUGUGGAAUGCCGUUAAGGAGUCGCUGUUGGGUGGGAAAAUUCCUAUUGAAGACGAAGCGUACUACUUUUUGGAUAAGAAUUAUCAAUUACAAAAUAUGUCAUUAUUGCAACAGCCACCUUUACCACCUCCACCUCAACUUCAACCAAGAGCUCAAAGUCAACUGCAUCAGCAGUUUAUACCACCGAAGUAUAAUUCUUCAACCAGUGGUGCGAAUAACAAUACUUUACACAUGCUACCUGUACCUUUACAACCACCUCCAUCAGGACACCCCCAACGCCAUCAGCAUCAGCCACCCCAGCCACACCAGCACCACCAGUCCCAUCCUCCUUUCCUGACUAAUAAGGAUGAUUAUCAUUACUCGUCAAGCUUACCGCCUUCAAAUGAUUUCUCGUUUGUGAAUCCAUUCACAUCUGGAAAUACAUCCAAUACUUCUAAUUUUCAAAGCAAUUCAAAUUCAGCAUCAAUUCCACCGACCCAAUCUCAACCUUCAGUUAGUGGGCUUCCAAAUAAUAAUUCAGGACCUUCAGGGUAUAAUAACUAUAUGUUGCCACAGCUGCAAUAUUCUAAUUUUCAACAUCAAGUGGCUGAUAGUUAUCAAUCAAAUUAUCCAUCAAAUUAUUCCAUGUACCCACAUUACCUGCAACACCAACAGUCACAACCGCAGUAUUUACAGCAGCAAACUCCACAAUACCGUAAUUCAAUUGGAGGGGAGUAUCCUUUAAGCUCUAACUUUAAUGGAUAUUCGGCUGCUGGUAAUAUGUACCCAUUGAGAAGACAACAGAAAAGUAAUAGCACAACCACAAAUAAUAGCGUGUCUAAUCCUGGGUCUUUUAAUAUGUCAAGUGGCACAAACUCAGUUAGCAGUAAUAGUAAUGGAUGGUUUACCACAAACGCAUCAAAUGCCAAUUCAAACUAUGUUCCAGCACCUCAGAAUCUGUUGAAUCAAGAUUUAGUUGAUCACCCAAUUAAUAUCCAACCUAAUCCCUCCGUGCAUAAUAGUGAUAAUUCUAAUCAACUGUUUCUAACGGGAUCAAAUUUUACUUCCAACUAA